AUGUCUCUCAGAUCCAGAUCCCGAAAUUUUCGGCAUUUUUAUGUCUCUUUCCCGCAAGAGCGGAUCGUCCAGGUCACGUUGAACAGACCGGAGAAGCUGAAUUGUAUUGACCAAGCUACGAGCCGGGAGAUUCAACAGGUAUGGGAGCUUUUCGACCAAGAUGAAAGCUUAUGGGUUGGUAUCAUCACAGGCGUUGGGAGAGCCUUCUGUACCGGUGCGGAUUUACAGGAAUGGAACGAGAUGAACAAGGCCGGGGUGGUCAAUGAUAUGGCUGCGCCGGGCCUUGCUGGACUGCCCCGUCGACGUGGCAAAAAGCCGAUUAUCGCUGCUGUGAACGGCAUAUGCAUGGGAGGGGGUUUUGAGAUGGUGGCCAACUGCGAUCUCGUAAUAGCUUCCACCUCAGCUAUCUUCUCCCUCCCCGAAGUGAAGCGUGGGAUAGUCCCCGUGGCGGGGUGUCUGCCGCGGCUGACGCGCACCCUUGGACUGCAACGCACCACGGAUCUUGUCCUCACCGGCAGAAGUGUGAGCGCGAAGACGCUCUAUGAAUGGGGCCUUGUCACUCGUGUAGUGGAUUCAAGUGAAGCCGCCGAUGUUUCCCGUGUGGCGGUCCAGGUUGCCCAAGACAUGUGCAGAAAUAGCCCCGACGCGCUGAUUGUUGGACGCCUCGGGAUUCGGUUGAGCUGGGAAGCAAGCAGCGUGGAGGAGGCCGUGUCGACUCUGGCCGAACAGUGGUACCCGGGCCUGGUUAACGGCCCCAAUUUCGCCGAAGGCAUCCAGGCUUUUGUGGAGAAACGACCGCCGAAAUGGGUGGAUUCGAAGCUGUGA